AUCACAGUUCACCAGACUGACAUGAUGUGGACAACAACUGUCCUCCUGCUGCUGCUGCCUCACGUGCUUUCCUCCGCAGACAAAGGAAACAGCGGUGAUUUUAACCAAUCAGAGAUAGGUGAUGAGGACUUCUCUGACGCUCCUGUCAAAGCCCAGAAACCUGCUGGGGAGGUCAGAGGUCGAGACACAUGCUCCAUCCCCUGUGACAUCACUGUCAAGCUGCUACGAGAUGAGAAACACUCCAUCUGUGGCCAGUUGCAACAGUCUCUGUUAGCGUUUGGACGCAGCACCCGGAAGCUGAUGAGGGAUGUGAUGGAGGAACAGCAGAGAGCUCUGGAUAUCCUCAGCAGUCAGGUCACAGAGCUGAUGACCAAAGUGCAGACGCUCAGCUCCGAAGUUCAGAGAAGCAACACUGAGAUGUACUCCAUAAAACCUGUGCAGUCCCACGGGCGAGACUGCAGCGACAUCAAGGACAAUCUUGUGUCGGUCGUCCCAAAGAUCCCCAGUGGUAUUUAUAUAGUCCAUCCAGACAAUACCGACUCUUCCUUUGAGGUGUUCUGUGAGAUGGACUACAUGGGAGGAGGAUGGACAGUGAUGCAGAGGAGGACCGAUGGAUUAAUUGACUUUAAGCGACCCUGGGCUGACUAUGCUGAUGGCUUUGGACACCUUGCAGGAGAACACUGGUUGGGCCUGAAGAAGGUGUUUCAUAUAAUAAACCAGAAAGACACUCGGUUCCAGCUUCACAUCGCUUUAGUUUCCCACGAUGACGUCACCUCUUAUGCAUCAUAUGAUGACUUCCGUCUCGACAAUGAAACACAGUUCUUCAGCAUACAUUUGGGCAGAUAUGCAGGAAGUGCAGGCGAUGCUUUCCGCGGCUACGACCAGGAUCAAAACCAGGACACGGCUCCGUUUAGUGCCUCGGAUGUGGACAAUGACGGCUGCAAUCCUUUCUGCUCCAUCGGCAACAGCACGGUGGAGAGCUGCAGCAUUCAGCAGAACCAGACUGGAUGGUGGUUCAACCAGUGCGGCCUGGCGAACCUCAACGGCUCCCCUGAGGAUGCAGAGCAGAACCAGGGUCAGAGGACACACAUCCUGUGGGACACCUGGAGGCAGAAGGGAGUCCCGCACACCAUCAAAUCUGUCACGAUGAAGAUCAGGAGGAUUGCGACCAAUAACUGACAGUUAGAGGAGGCAGAAUGUAGAUAUAACAACUGGA